AUGGAAGGACUUAUUGUACGCGUUAUGAAAUCCAGUGACUUCUACGUCCCAUUCGAUGGUCUUACAACAGUUCAGGAUGUUAAGGAUGAAAUGGAGACUCAAAUAGAAGUUUCUACCCUUAGAAUGAAAUUGAUUUUCAACGGAAAAAUCCUUUCGGAUGAAGAAAACCUCAAAGCACUUGGCUUCAAAAACGGUUCAAUUAUUCAUUUGUACAUUCCAAAUUAUGAUAACAUCUUCUUGCAAGAUACAAAAAGAGAAUUUAACGAGAUCCUCUCUCUUUUUGAGAACAUAAAUUGCAUUCCAGAUGCUAUGUUUAACGAUGCAAUUAAUGAGAUCAAAACACUCAUACAAUCCCCAAAGAUCCGUGCUCUUGUCAAGAUUAUACCCGAUCUAGAACAAUUCUUCAAUGCAAUUCUACAAUGCAUUAAUCAAAUUGAAGCACCAUAUGAUGAUGCUCUUAUCAAUGAAGUUUCAAUAAUCGAAGACAGAUACCUCAAUAUCGAUGAAUGGAUUUAUGAAGAUAAAUCUGAAACACUCACUACGUUAUGCCUACCUGCUAAUUAUUUAGACGAAGGCUUGGAAAUUAAGGAUAAUGAUAACUCAAUUGUCGAAGAUGAUAUUCCACUCAACAUAAAUUACGCCAAAUCCAUCUCAACCGAGCCCCUUCCAUUUGUAUUUGAUAGCACAGCGUUUUAUAUGUGA